AUGGCAAGCAUUAUACUAGGAUACGUCACGGUGCUGGUUCUGCCCAUGCUAGUAUCAUGUCAGACGUCCGACGAUGUGAAAUCUCUUCUCCACAGUGUAUUCAACACAAACGCUUACAACAAGUGGGUGCGGCCCAGUGCUAACCAAACGACCAGAACAGAUGUCACUCUCGACUUUUACCCUGUCGGUAUCAUCGCUGUUGACGAGGUGAAUGGGAAAAUGAGUACUAUUGCAUAUCUAUUCAUUACAUGGAAUGACAACUACAUUACUUGGUCACCUGAUAGCUUUGGUGGUAUUACAAAAUUAUACAUACCUCAAAACUAUAUCUGGAAACCGGACAUCGCACUCAACAACGGUUAUACAAAGAUGAAAGAGUUGGGCGAUGCAUUUAUAUUAACAGUUGUCAGGCAUGACGGAGAAGUUGAAUGGAAACCAUAUGAAAUAUUUCAAACAAAAUGUAUUAUAGAUAUUUCUAACUUCCCGUUUGAUAAACAGACCUGUAAUGUAACGUUCGGUGUGUGGUCAAGUUUUAUCAAUGACGUUGAUUUAAAUUUCCAACUUGGAAAAAACACGAUCGGUCUCGACACUUAUCAGAACAAUACCGAAUGGGACAUUAUAUCUACCGCAACAGAUUCUCGAGAUUCGUUUGCAGAUGGAGCUAGCGUAACGUUUUCCCUAACCAUAAGAAGACGACCAGAAUACUAUAUGUACCAUAUUGUUGCCCCAGUGAUGCUUCUGUCGAUAUUGGCGGUAUUUACCUUUGCUUUGCCUGUAGAGAGUGGAGAGAAGAUGGGAUUUUGUAUGACCGUGUAUUUGGCAUUCGCUGUCUUUCUGACUUUAGUAAGUGAAUCCCUCCCCGUCAGCUCAACCCAGUCUUUGCUCAGCAGAUACUUACUCGUUCUUGUAUUGAUGGGAACUGCGAUUGUCAUGGUUACGACGAUUGAGUUACGAAUCAACUACAGGGACACUGCUUUCUGCAGAAUCCCACUUUUACUGAAAGGUCUGGUGCAUAUAAGCAGGAAGAUUCAAUGUCAACAUCGUGGCAAGGUGUCAGAUGAACAGCAAACCGAACAACACGACAGCCCACAGGACAUACAAAAACGUGGUAUCAAAGAACCCGCAGAAGAGUGUGAUGGACAUGGAAAUGUGUCAGAAGGUAUGACCUGGUCAGAUGUCACCUCAGCCAUUGACCUCUUCUGUUUCUGGAUGUUCUUAGCGACAAACAUCAUCGCUACCUCCGUAAUAUUUGGCAGUGGGUAUCAACAGUCAAAAACAUGA